ACUAAAAGGGUAGGCGUGACCAGGCCUCACGUUCACAGGCUCCGGUUGAGGCCGCGCUCCCUGACCUGUUGCCCCGCAUUGCCUGGUCCCUCUCUCUCUCUGUGCGGCCUCGCAAGUCACCCGCCGCCCAGGAUGUUUAUCAUCAGGUCCGAGUAUGACAGGGGCGUUAACACAUUCUCUCCAGAAGGCAGAUUAUUUCAAGUUGAAUAUGCUAUAGAGGCCAUUAAGUUGGGUUCCACUGCCAUCGGAAUCCAAACCAGUGAGGGUGUUGUUCUAGCGGUUGAGAAGAGGAUCACGUCCCCACUGAUGGAACCCAGCAGCAUUGAAAAAAUAGUUGAAAUUGAUUCUCACAUAGGCUGUGCAAUGAGUGGAUUAAUCGCUGAUGCCAAAACAUUAAUCGAUAAAGCCCGAGUUGAAACACAGAAUCACUGGUUUACUUACAAUGAAAACAUGACGGUUGAGAGUGUGACACAGGCGGUUUCCAAUUUGGCCUUGCAGUUUGGUGAAGAAGAUGCAGACCCUGGCGCAAUGAGCCGACCAUUUGGUGUGGCAUUGCUGUUUGGAGGGAUUGAUGAAAAGGGGCCACAAAUGUAUCACAUGGAUCCAUCUGGGACUUUUGUACAGUGUGUUGCUAGAGCAAUUGGUUCAGCUUCAGAGGGAGCCCAGAGUGCUCUACAGGAGGUUUAUCACAAGUCUAUGACAUUAGAUGAGGCAAAGAAGGAAGCACUCACCAUCCUGAAACAAGUAAUGGAAGAAAAACUAAGUGCUACUAAUAUUGAGCUUGCAACAAUAGAGCCUUCAAAAGCAUUUCACAUGUACACAAAGGAAGAGCUGGAAGAAGAAAUAAAGAAAAUCUAAAUUUGAAUUCUGGCCCAGACCCUGGUUUUCUUGAGUAUAAAUUCAAGCAAUCACAGUUUCAAGCUCUGGAGGUUUCUAGUUUGUGGAAUAAUACUUUCAGAUAGUUUCUACAUAUGUAGUACUAGUUUUAACUUGGUUUUGGAAAAUCUCUGUACAUAGUGCAUUGAAAACCAUUAUUAUGAACCAAAUGAAACUAAAUAAAUUUUUGUUACUGAUGGUG